CAUUGACGGGGAAAUGGCUCACCUUAGUAGCGGCUAUGCCCCGUCCAUGGAACACUCAUCACACUUCUUUCAAAAGCCUGUGUGGCUCUUGCGCCGGGCUAGUGGAAGGCCCUUGGUGGAUUACCUACAUGAAGAUGGUUUGGGUGUGCUCUCGACGGUGGCAACUACGCCGAUAUCCGCAGCAGCAUCUCGUGCACAUGGAAGAGCCUUUUGCCUCGGCGAUUAUACGCCGGGAUUGGUGCGACCAGCUCAACCUGAACCUAGCUCUUUGCUCGCCGAUGGAAGAUCCAAAAUCAAGAAUGCUUUGAAGGCCCUUAAGCUUCAUGACAGGACAUCAGCUGCCUACCGUAUGGCGGAAGAGCUGAUGCUGGAAGGCCUUGAGAUCCUUGAGAAGCUCGCCAAAGAGGAGCACUUGUGCAGUAAGAGACACAGUGCAAUUAUUCUUUUUGUUUGGGCCAUGUCGCCUCACCACCAUGGUGUCGAUGUUGGCACAUGCUCCAACAUAGUACUGGAAGUGUCCAUGAGAGUGGCCGUCCAGCUCCUCGAGGCUGCUCCUGGAGAGAUCAGCACCGAACUGUGUGGCCACAUCUCACGCAAAUAGAAGUUGAAGACCAGCAUGGAGAGGAUCCGAGAUUGUGAUACAUGUGAUGCCAAGAUGCGAGCCUUAGCAGAGAAGAUUUUCUCACAGCUAUCAUGAAAUCCGAACUAGUCAGAUGAUGCAGUACCAGUUGGUUCGAUCAGUUAUUUAUGUUUUAUUAGUUUAUCUAUCUAUUUCUUGCUGCUAGAUCGUGUGUGUUUCUCUUGGUUGUAUAUCUACAUUGAAAUGAUGCCUUGUUCAAUUCUUUUAA